UGUGACGCGCUGCCCGGCCGUGACGCGCUUCCGGCGGCGGAAGCGGAAGUGGCGGCCGGCGGGGCGCGAGCGGCCUGAGGCGACGGGCAAGAUGAAUUGCAGGGGGCUUGGAUCUCAGCUGAAGGACAGCGUUCCCGUCCGCGAGCUGUCAGCAAGCGGUGCCUUCGAGAGCCACGACGUCCUUCGCACAGGUUUCUCUAGCGUGAAAAACGACCUGUUACCCAGCCACCCUCUUGAGCUGUCGGAAAGAAAUUUCCAGCUCAAUCAAGACAAAAUGAGUUUUUCCACCCUGAGAAAUAUCCAAGGCCUGUUUGCACCUCUAAAGUUACAGAUGGAAUUCAAGGCGGCGAAGCAGGCUCAGCGCCUCCCGUUUCUCCAGAGCUCCAACCUGGCCCUGGACAUCCUGAGGGGUAACGACGAAUCCGUCAGUUUUGAGGACAUCCUUAACGACCCGUCCCAAAGCGAAUUCAUGGGCGAGCCCCACGUGAUGGUGGAACACAAGCUUGGACUGCUGUAAUCCAGAGGUGCCAGGAAGCUCGGUUUCGCCUGGUCUUUAUUUUGUAGUAUCUCGUAUGCACCACGAAAGCGGCUGACAUGUACACGAAUGUACUACUUAUAUUGGAUUUCAUUGGCUUUUCUUUUUUUUUUUAAAGAGGGGGGUGCCCAUUAAAAAUUGACUCCAUGUACACGUAAAA